CCAAAAAUAAAAGAACGGGUCGGUCGAUCUCUCCUCUCUUUCUUCUUCGCCUCAAGCACAAACCUUUUAAAGCACAUCAGAAUUCAGAUACGUGAUACCCCAAAAUCUGAUCAAACCACCACCGAUUUCUCAACCCAUGGAAAUGCAAAUAUCACUGUCCCAGCGUCUCGAUGACGACGUUGUAUUCGAUGUCCUUACUCGGCUGCCAGUGAAAUCCUUAAUUCGAUUCAGGUGCGUUUCCAAAUCCUGGUAUUCCACUAUCUCCAGCUCCAUUUUCAUUACCGCACACCUCCACCGUGCUAAAUCAUCAUCAUCCAACAACAACAACAACAACAAUGGUGGUUAUCUGUUAUAUUCACCUUUUCCAAACGAAUUAAACUUUUCAUCUUACAAAGAAUUGUGUACAGUUUCUUACAAUAGCGACCGCACACUGACCCACAUUUCUAGAUUUCGAGUCCCCUUUUCUUAUGACUUCCUGGUUAGCUUCUGUAAUGGCAUGCUCUGCCUUAACAGUAUUAGGGGUCGGGGCAAUGUAAUAUAUUUGUGGAACCCAAGCAUUAGAAAGUUUAAGAAGCUUCUAGCUACUCCCUUGACUUACCCUUUUCACGAUGUGGCUGUUGGACUUGCCUAUCAUUCUCAAAACAAUGACUACAAGAUUCUCAGAAUUGUGCCUUAUAAAGAGUCACGUGGGUCAGAAGUUCCGGCAAUUGAGGCCGAGAUUUACACAUUGAGUACUGAUUUGUGGAGAAGGGUUGUAAUAUCUGUGGAGUCAUUUAGUGGGUCUGGACCCAAUAUUGGAUGUAUUGAUGAUAUACAUGAGUCAUUCUGUAUUUUUUAUAAUGGAGCUCUGCACUCUAUAGCAUGUUGUGGGGACUACAAUUUCAUUUUGUCCUUUGAUGUUGAUGAUGAGAGAUUCCGUGAGAUAUUGCUACCUCAAAAUUAUUUAGAUGGAGUUUGUGGACAAGUGGAAUGUCUUACAGUGUUCAAAGGAUCUCUGGCUUUGGUUGUUUUCGGUAAAACUCUACCUAAGGGGAGUGACCUAUGCCACUUAUGGGUGAUGAGGGAGUAUGGUGUGGCUGAGUCUUGGUCUAAGAAAAGUUUACCAAUAGAAAACGUUGCACAGUUCUUUGGCUGCACCGUCAAUGGGGAACUUCUGAUCGAGAAGUUUAACCAUUGUAAUAUCCUUUCAUUUGAACCUGAGAGCUUAAACGAGGAAAUUCUUGGAAUUCCUGAGCUUGGAUGUAUGAUUUACACAACUGAUUUUGUGGAGAGCCUAGUUUUACUUGAUGGGGUAAACACCUCGUCAGAAUACGAAAAUCAGCAAGUUGGAGUUUUUAGCAAGGCACUGAUGUUUUUGAAAUCCAUAUUGAAAAGUCAUUAAGCUGCUAGUAAGUGUUAUUUGUUUAUUUGUUAAUAUAUAAACCUGUUACCAUGUUGUAUUUUCUUUCCAUUUGCUCUAGGUAUGAAAAUAUUGCUUUUGAUGUAGAAAAUUAGAUUUGGUUAAAUGGAAAGGAUCAC